CUAAGUUGAUGCAGGAUAUGUAUGGAUAUGUCACGCCCAAGAUGGAGAAGUUGGGCCGACAAUGCAGAGUAUGUGUGGAUAUGUUACGGCCUUCGCAGAAGCGUGUCUUAUGGAGAAGUUACGCCCCAUAUGGAAUCAAUAGAUGUACCGGAAGGAUUUUUGCUUGAGUGGUGGAAAGUGAAUUGUGAUUUUGCCUCACUUAGAGAAUGGCUGAACCAACGAGAAAAACCAAGCAUGGAAGCCACACAAGAACAUAAUGAUUCUCAAUCAGGAAAAUUUUUCAUGCAUUCAGAAAUAAACAAGCAGUUGCUGAUUGAUUAUGCUUCUGGUACAUUUCUUUGA